AUGACUGGCGAGUAUACCUGUGGACGUUGUCUCCAGGUACUUCGUCGAGGGGUCAGACCCCGUGGCCCUGUCGUCCGGCCGCAGAACUGGGCCAAUUCGAGGCGGCGUUGCAACAACGCUCCCGCAUUCUCUGUCCGGAGCUUUGGCUCUCACUCACGGAGCAACAACGGCAAUGAGCGCAGUUUACCAACAGGCACGCAGGAACCGCUCAAGCGAGUAGCGUUGUCACCGUCACAGCCAAUUACGCCCGCCAACCAAUCCGUCGUGCAAAAAGCUACCGCCUCUACAGUGUCAGGGACAGCAGGGACCCGGGAACUGCUGAGGCCCAAUAAUCUCUUCCAUCCCUUCUCCAGGUCGCCUUCACGAGCUAUCCGACAGCGUGCGGAAUUCAUCAAACAGAAUGCUUUCUGCCCUCACCCGAGCCACCAACAAACCCGGCUGCCCGUGUCGCCGCACGACCCGGAAUCGCGCAAGAGCGCCCAGCACGCCAGUCUCCCGCCUGCCCAUUCGCAUUUCGAAUGCCCCGACUGCGGCGUGCCGAUCUACUGUACAGAGGGACACUGGAUGGAUGACUUCGAGGCGCAUUUGGAGAUUUGCGAAACCAUCCGCCAGAUCAACGAGGAUGACCAUGACCUACACUCUGGGCGGUUUUUCCCCGAGUUCUCGUACCCGGGUGUACAGGAUGAUACCUAUGUUAUCAACAUGACCAAUUGGGAUACUUUUCUCUAUACGCGCGAGUUUGAGGCCAUCAACGAUGACCGUAGCCUGCGCCAGGUUACUCGAAUGUUGACGUAUCCUAUGACAAUUGGAAGCGUUGUGCACGAAUUGAGUCCCUACAGCGUCCGGAAAAACGACAGGCUGACUGUUGAGGGUCUUAAGAGCUUGAGCGCUCUGCGAUACACUUUGCACCCUCCUAAGACCGGAGAAGGAACCGACAUCCAGGGACUGCGUCUUAAAGCGCCCCCGGUCCGAAUCUUCAUUCUUGGAGCUCGUGCCGAAUCUUCCCUGCCCCGUGAUGUCUGGCUUCAGCUCAGCUAUAUAUUUCCACGUACCUUGUUUCACUUGAUAUUCAUUGGACCUGAAAGCAUGGCCAACCGGGACGAAGAAUUCCCGCUCCCAGAGCGGACACCGGAGAACCCCUUCGGAGGCAUCGUGGAAGACCGACUGGGCGGGCAGAUGAAGAUCACCACCUACGUUGACUACUUCCACACAAUGUACAAAGCUAACUAUUUCCAGCCGUUCGACCCUUACCUGGAUCUUGUGGUCCUCUUCCACCCCGGCCUGGGCCACCCAGCCAGCUCUUUCGAAUGGGAGGAGACACUCCCGCAGUUGCUGGAAACCAAGGUCCCGAUCAUCAGUACGGGAUACACGCAGUGGGACAUGGAGCGAGACAUCAACUGGGUUCGUGAAAAGUGUGGGGGUGAAGUUGACAUCUUGCUAGAGCCAGGCGAGAAUAUCUUCCGCAGUCUGCGGUGGGAUCUGAACGACCUAGAUCCUCAUGACGUUUCGUGCGGGAACUGGGGAUUAUGGGCUUUUAGAGGGAAGAGAUACGAGGCGGCAUUGAAAGACUGA